AUGCUCCAGAUUGUGUUUCUAAGCCCUCUCAGACACCUGUUCUUACUAGGAUCUUCUUCCCUUCUCCACAACUGCGGGGAUACAGAUGCAUCCGCUACAGGUGUUAACGGAUACAGAUAUCCUUACUGGGAAGAGGAUGAAGGCUUCUUCCCCUGUUUCCAGAUUGUCAAUGAGCAGAGCGUUCUAGUUGUGGAGUCUGAGGGGAUCGCACCUUUUUGGGCAUACAUCCUGGGUGCAUUAGGACUUUUUAUCUACCAGUCUCUGGAUGCCAUUGAUGGGAAGCAAGCCAGAAGAACAAACAGUAGUUCUCCUCUAGGAGAACUCUUUGAUCAUGGUUGCGACUCUAUUUCCACAGUUUUUGUUGUCCUUGGAUCCUGCAUAGCAAUCCGACUAGGAACAAAUCCUGACUGGUUGUUUUUCUGUUGUUUUGUGGGACUGUUCAUGUUCUAUUCUGCUCACUGGCAGACAUACGUAUCAGGCAUACUAAGGUUUGGAAAAGUUGAUGUAACUGAAGUUCAGAUAGCCAUAACAAUGCUGCUCUUGAUAUCUGCAUGUGGUGGAACAGCAAUAUGGGACUAUAAGGUCCCUUUGGUGGGCUUAGAACUGAAGUUCUUUGCAGUUUUUGGCAUCCUGUGUGGAACAGCACUUUCUUUUUUCAAUUACUUCCGUGUCAUCUUUGGAGGAGGGGUUGGAAAGAAUGGAUCUACAAUAGCAGGAACAAGUGUUCUUUCACCAGGCCUGCACAUUGGACUACUUAUCACACUGGCCAUUAUGAUCUAUAAAAAGUCUACAACUCAGCUGUUUGAAAAACAUUCUUGCCUGUAUAUCUUGACAUUUGGAUUUGUGAAUGCUAAAAUCUCACAGAAAUUGGUGGUGGCUCACAUGACAAAAAGUGAAAUCUGUCUUCAGGACACUGCAUUUAUUGGGCCAGGACUUCUGUUUUUGGACCAGUACUUCAACAGUUUCGUUGAUGAAUAUAUUGUUUUAUGGAUAGCAUUGUUCAUAUCCUUGUUUGAUAUGCUGAGAUAUGCCACUGGUGUAUGCCUACAGAUUGCUGCUCAUCUUCAUAUACAUGUCUUCAGAAUUUCAUCUCAUCAAGCUCCUGAACAGGUUCAAAACCAUAAUGACUGAUUAAAUAGGUCAAGGACGAGAGAAGAAGCAGUUAGGGGAAUGUUGAAUGAAACAGCCUCUCUUGGGAAGACAGAUUAAGCUUUUCAAGAAAAUAGGUUUAUGAGAAAGCUCACUCUAUCCCUGACAUUACCAGAUGUUAGAAUUACUAAAUACAAAGUCCUGCAGAUUCUAUUGUGAUCAAUACUUUUGAACCAGGAUGUAUUUUUCCCCCCAUUUCCUAGACAUGGCAGCUGUGUUAUUUCAUACCAUGAAUACUGCAUUUGAAACUUUUGCCAUUUCCUGUUAGGUACCCUUAAUUCUGUACUUCUGGUCUGGUGAAUGUAGACUGCAAACCAAGGUGCUACCAACCAGAAUUUGAAGAGGAAUUUCACUUUUCCCUAGACGAAGUGACUAAUCUUCUAGCGUUAGUUCCUAAAGUCUUCUUGGGACUGCUGUGAAGUGGUGGUUGGAGGUAUCAGUGAAUGCAGUACUGCAUUAUUAAGACUGGUAAAACGAGGCAUCCAUGAGGUAAAACUACUCGUUAAUCUCUGUUCUGGUAUUUCUAAAGAACAAGCUACUGGAUCAGUAGGAUGAAGGAGGUAUAGCUCAGGAAAAUUUUCUUCUAUUUCAAAAUAGUGUUAUGAGUGCCUUUGGGAUUCACGCAUUCUCUAGUAUCUAAGUACAUAACCUACUGUUACUAAAUACAAUUGUAGCUUGCAUUUUCCUUCAAGGCCAGUUUCUGGUUUUGUGGUCGUAAUAAGGCUUGCCUCAUUGUAUUCCAUCAUUAUCUAGACUAUAGGUAGUUGUGUACUUCGAGGAUACUAACUUUACCUACUCUAACUUGUAUCUGUGAAACUACGCAAGUGAAUGACAAAGUUCACUGAUAAAUGACUGUGACUGUUUGACUGUGACAAUGCAACCCACCCGUAUGUAAUUCCCUCUGAAGUAUGUAUGUUUGCUAUCGCUGUGUUCAUCUACCUUAUGAUCUAUCUAAUUUGUCUUGUAGCUAUCAUUGUACUUUAUCCAAACAAAACUGCAUGGAACUAAACCCCAAUGUAUAGUAAAACUCUCCAAAACAGAAAGUCAGGCCCAGUAUCAGCCCUUCUCUUUCUUUAAGAACAGACCCACUGGCUAACAUAAUGUGCCUAGCUAAAGGGCUGCUGUUGCAUUAGAGAAAAGCUGAAUGAAAGUAGCUUAUUAUCUGUACAAGCAAAUCAUGACUUGCACACAAACCCUAUAAGCUUAAGCUCCUUUAAAGAGGUACUAUUUGAACAUGGUUUUUGUAAAAAGCUGUUGAAUGUAAGUGUCUGUUACCACUUUCAGUUGCUGAUAUGUAGCUGAGCUGUGAGUUCAUAAAGUCCUUCCUGAACUGUACAAUAAAAAAUGCUAUGGUUUGUUUUAAAAAUAUUACCACUGCGGCUUUCUAGCUGCACAUUAAUUCAAAAAGACUUCCUGAGGUGUUUAAGGAACUUUAAAAGUGGUGUAUUGUCUGCUACAUUUGGAGGGAAUAAAACACCAGCUACCACACUCCUGCCUAAGAAGGAUGUACUGAUAUACCUGAGGGAUAACGGUAACAGUUUCUGCCAAAGGACUAGCAUUCUAAGUGACUAAUAUCAAUUCCAAAUGAAUCCUACUACUCCUAUUUGAGGCUGGGAAAGACAUAGCAUCUACAUGUGAACUUAGCCUGAACGCAGGCCACGGGCAAAUAGAAGAGAAGAUGGUAAAGACCGUUUCAGUUUGUGUGAAUACUGUCAACAAAUUAACCACCUGAUGAAAAGACAUAGGCAACUUUUUUAGAGUGAGAAGGUUUGGUUCCCCAGAAUGCUCAAAAAUGUGUCAUGUAGUAGUAGGUAUAAGUAGUUUUAAGGAUAUGAUUGAGGUACAUGGGUGAUGAUAGGAAACUAAUGCAGAAAUCGGUCAGAAAACCAGAAACAUGAGGCAAUACUAACAAAUAACCUAGUAUUGAAGACAGGAAGCAAAAACUGUUAACUGUAUUUCAUAGCAUCAUCUAAUUAUCCUUAGAGGGCUGAGACUUGGCAGCACAGUUACAAAUUAGCAUAGUUACCUGUUACCCACCAGAGGCCAUAUUUGCCUCAUACAUCAUUCUAGCAAUGUAACUUCUGUGUUUGCUCCUUCCCUGAGUCCCAGCAGACGCAGAACAAAAACGGCUGCAUACCAGUUGCUUGUUCAACUUCAGUUGCAACCUAAUAGCUCAAGUUUCUGUAAGUUAGCCGUCACUAAUCUGGCUCCCAGAACUGGAGAACCAUCAUCAAAUGACUUGACUCUGAACUAAAAAUGCUAGUAAGCUGAGGAGAAGAAUCUGUAUGGUCUGGUUUUGAAAUACAUUGUUACAAGAACAUCACAUCUGUGCGUGUGGGCGUGUGGAUGGUUUUUGUUUUAUAUACUAUUGUAUUAAAUCUAAGCAUUAAAUGUUAGGAACUACUUAAUUUGUAAAAGUGGAUACUCAGGUGUAAUGGUUUUCUGUAAAAACAAACUGCAUGCAAGCUAAGCCUAUUGUUUAAUUUAUACUGAUUUACUGUAAUGAGAUACAUAAAAGGUAAAUGCUUUAUCCUUAAAACUUAGGCCUCCCUAAAUUGCUAGUCAUUUGGAAUUGCAAAAAGUAAUAUUCCAUCUCAAAGGCUUGUAAUAACUUGUACUAAACUACUUCUGGCAGUGGUUCUACAAGAACUAUAUACCCCAAAAUGCAUAAUGUUUAAUUAUGCUUACUUUAGCAGAUGUCACAGAAAGCUGUGAUACUUAGCUCAUCAUUCAACUAAAGAAACCUGCUUUUUGGACAAAUUACAGCCGUUCAUAAAUCUUUUACUAGUACAAAGAUAUUACAAUGCCUAGCCUAACAAAAGUUAACAAAAUUUACUUUAAUUUACCAUAAUACACAUCAUUAAACAAUCUUACAUGAGCUAUGUCAUACUCCGUGAACUUCUAUAACUGCUGAUAUGUCAGCAGACUAAAUGUUGAAACUAUGAAAAUCUUAAAGUCUGCAGCUUGUGAAAAAUGCUUGCAUUGGCACAAUGUACCUAAAGGCCUAAAGUUAUUAUGUAAAAGCUGGGUAAUGCAUUUUUCAUUAAUUCUGCCCAUUGUUACAAUUUGGCAUUAUAAAAAGUGAAGCAAUUUAAACAGUCCAAUGCUACUGAAAGUGAGUAUUAAGUAGUUAAAGACUAAUUGGACAGACAGUAAAUGGUUUGUGGCCCAUUCUGCCCCCCCCCCCCGGUAAUAUACUAAUAUACACUCUUACAACAUUAUCAGACAUGAGAUUAGAACAAUCCAUUAAAGCAUUUUAUAGGAACUUUAAAACAUUUAAAUCUUAACAUACUUCUCUAUGGCUAAUGCCUAUACUUGUAUCAUAUUACUUAGGUACAAGUUGUUUCUCCAUUGAGCCAUCAGAAUAACAUGGACUGAAGAGACUUGCGAACAGUUGCCAUCUCCUGCUGUUGCUGUUAGAAGAAAAGGAGAUAAUACUGAACAAAUGCCAUAUCAGUAUGAUUCCUUUGAGAUAAUUAAAUGAAUGUCAAAUG